ACGGCUCUCCCAGAGACUGGGGACCCUGUGAAGAUCUUGCCCUUGGGCACAAAGCAAGGAUGCGUGAGAUCGUACACAUUCAGAUCGGCCAGUGUGGCAACCAGAUCGGAGCCAAGUUCUGGGAGGUGAUUGGCGAGGAGCAUGGGAUCGACUGGGCCGGAAGCUACCGCGGGGAGAGCGCCCUGCAGCUGGAGAGGAUCAGCGUGUACUACAACGAGGCCCAUGGUAAGAAAUACGUGCCCCGAGCAGUCUUGGUGGACCUGGAACCUGGAACCAUGGACAGCAUCCGAUCCAGCCGACUGGGGGCCCUCUUCCAACCGGACAGCUUUGUCCACGGUAACUCUGGGGCCGGCAACAACUGGGCCAAGGGCCACUACACGGAGGGGGCCGAGCUGGUGGAGAGCGCGCUGGACGCGGUGCGCGCCGAGGCCGAGGGCUGCGACUGCCUGCAGGGCUUCCAGCUCGUGCACUCGCUGGGCGGGGGCACGGGCUCGGGGAUGGGCACGCUGCUCCUCGGCAAGAUCCGCGAGGAGUACCCCGACCGCAUCCUCAACUCCUUCAGCGUGAUGCCCUCGCCCAAGGUGUCGGACACGGUGGUGGAGCCCUACAACGCCGUGCUGUCCCUCCACCAGCUCCUGCAGAACUCGGACGCCUGCUUCUGCAUCGACAACGAGGCCCUCUAUGACAUCUGCUUCCGCACCCUCCGGCUGGCCACGCCCACCUACGGCGACCUCAACCACCUGGUGUCCCUGACCAUGAGCGGCGUCACCACGUCGCUGCGCUUCCCGGGCCAGCUCAACGCCGACCUGCGCAAGCUGGCCGUGAACAUGGUGCCCUUCCCGCGCCUGCACUUCUUCAUGCCCGGCUUCGCGCCGCUCACGGCCCAGGGCAGCCAGCAGUACCGCGCGCUCUCAGUGGCCGAGCUCACCCAGCAGAUGUUCGACGCCCGCAACACCAUGGCCGCCUGCGACCCCCGCCGCGGCCGCUACCUGACCGUGGCCUGCAUCUUCCGGGGGAGGAUGUCCACCAAGGAGGUGGACGCGCAGGUGCUCGCCGUGCAGACCAGAAGCAGCAGCUGCUUCGUGGAGUGGAUCCCCAACAACGUCAAGGUGGCCGUGUGUGACAUCCCGCCCCGCGGGCUGAGCAUGGCGGCCACCUUCAUCGGCAACAGCACGGCCAUCCAGGAGCUCUUCGGCAGGAUCUCCGAGCACUUCUCGGCCAUGUUCAAGAGGAAGGCCUUCGUGCACUGGUACACGGGCGAGGGGAUGGACAUCAAUGAAUUUGCCGAAGCCGAGAGUAACAUCCAGGAUUUGGUGUCCGAGUACCAACAGCUUCAAGAUGCCGAAGCAGUUCCGGAGGGGAAGGAGGAGGUUGGGGGGGAGGCAGAAACGGAACCAGGAGAUAAGGGGCAUUAA